UUCUAUUUUUCCAGGACACGUCAUGGAGAAACCCUCAAAGGAUCGUCUCAUUUUAUCUCCAGGUUGUAAAAUGGAAGAUGAGGACAUCACAGGAGAUUGUGGAGGAGAAAAGACAAUGAGCUCCACUAUGGAUGGAGGACUUCACAGUGUGGAUAGACCAUGGAAUCCCUCCGACUCUGAGCAACCUCGUACUGUAGGGGAUGGGGCCGGAAUUCAGGAGGAGACUACAUUUCCCUGUCCUGUUUGCGGGACAAGUUUUACUUCUGAAUUAAGUCUUUCUCUACACCAGAGGUCACACACGGGUGAGAAACUUUAUUCCUGUUCGGAGUGCGGGGAAUGUUUUUAUCAUUUUGGAGAAUACAUUAAACAUCAGAGAUCUCACACAGGGAAGAAGCCGUAUUCCUGUUCUGAGUGCGGGAAAUGUUUUUCAGAAAGGAGCAGUCUUUUCAGACAUCAGAAAUUGCACACAGGGGAGAACCUUUAUUCCUGCACUGAGUGCGAAAAAUGUUUUACGCAGAAAUACAUCCUUGUCCGCCAUCAAAGAACCCACACAGGUGAGAAGCCGUAUUCCUGCUCCAUGUGUGGGAAAUGUUUUACACAGAAACACAUCCUUGAACGUCAUGAAAGAAUUCACACAGGGGAGAAGCUGUAUUCCUGCCCCGAGUGUCCAAAAUGUUACACAUGGAAAGAAGAACUUGUCAGACAUCAGAGAUCUCACACGGGGGAGAAACCGUAUUCCUGCCCUGAGUGCGGGAAAUGUUUUGCAGAAAAGAACACUCUUACCAGACAUCAGAGAUUACACACGGGAGAGAAUCUGUAUUUCUGCUCUGAGUGUGGGAAAUGUUUUACACAGAUGUACGCCCUUGUACUUCAUCAAAGAACUCACACGGGCGAGAAGCCUUUUUCCUGCUCGGAGUGUGGGAAAUGUUUUGCGCAGAAGCCCACCCUCCUUCGUCAUCUAAAAUCUCACACCGGGGAGAAGCCUUUUUCCUGCCCCAAGUGCACAAAAUGUUACAAAUGGAAAGCAGAACUUGUUAAACAUGAAAGAUCCCACACGGGGGAGAAGCCGUAUUCCUGCCCUGAGUGCGGGAGAUGUUUUUCACGAAAGUUCAGUCUUACCGAACACCUGAUACGCCACGCGGGGACAAAGCUGUUUUCCUGCACCGAAUGUGAGAAGUGUUACGUGCGGAAACAAGAACUUGUCAGGCAUCAGAGGACUCACACGGGGGAGAAGCCUUUUCCAUGCCCUGAGUGUGGGAAAUGUUUCCCAUCUAAAUCAGAACUUGGCAGACAUCAAAAGUCCCACACGGGGGAGAAGCCGUGUUCCUGUCCUGAGUGCGGGAUAUGUUUCCCAGGGAAAUCAGAACUUGACAGUCAUCAGAUGACUCACACAGAGAAGAAGCCGUAUCCCUGCCAUGAGUGCGGGGAAUGUUUCCCAGAGAAAUUAGAACUUGUCAGACAUCAAAAAUCUCACACCGGGGAGAAGUCGUGUUCCUGCCCUGAGUGCGGAAAAUGUUUUUUAAAGGAGUCUGAUCUUGAGGGACAUCGGAGAACCCACACAACUGUUAAUAUGUGUUAGUAUAGAAAUGUCUUCUAUAUGAAUCAUAUUUGCUGCACAUUAGAGACCUCACCUUGAUAUACGUCCCCAAAAACACGGGGCUGAAGAGUGGAUGCUGUAGGAGCUUCAUCAUACAUAGACAUCCCCAAGAACACGGAGCUGAAGAGUGGAUGCUGUAGGAGCUUCAUCAUACAUGGACAUCCCCAAAAGAAAACGGGGCUGAAGAGAGGAUGCUGUAGGAGCUCCAUCAUACAUGGACAUCCCCAAAAGAAAACGGGGCUGAAGAGUGGAUGCUGUAGGAGCUUCAUCAUACAUGGACAUCCCCAAGAACACGAAGCUGAAGAGUGGAUGCUGUAGGAGCUUCAUCAUACAUGGACAUCCCCAAAAGAAAACGGGGCUGAAGAGUGGAUGCUGUAGGAGCUUCAUCAUACAUGGACAUCCCCAAGAACACGAAGCUGAAGAGUGGAUGCUGUAGGAGCUUCAUCAUACAUGGACAUCCCCAAAAGAAAACAGGGCUGAAUAGUGGCUGCCCUAGGAGUUUCAUUAUACAUGGACAUCCCUUAAAAAACACAGGGCUGAGGAGUGGAUGCUGUAGGAGCUUCAUCAUACGUGGACAUCUCCAAAAAACACAGGGCUGAAGAGUGGAUACUGUAGGAGCUUCGUCAUACAUGGACAUCCCCAAAA